AUGCUUCAGUGUUACAACAAAGGCUGUGGGCAAAAGUUUGACCCAGCUACGAAUAGUUCUGGUGGGAUUUUAUUUUCUUCUUAUUGGUUGACGCUAGGUGCAUGUCAAUACCAUCCUGGUCAGCCCAUUUUUCACGACGCGAAGAAAAAGUGGUCUUGCUGUCAAAAGUUCAGUACCGACUUCUCCGAAUUUCUUAGCAUCAAAGGCUGCACUAAGGGAGAACACAGUAAUGUUUGCCCAGUCGAAGCUAGAGACACCAACUCGUCCGUUUCUGCGCCGGUGGAGGUUUCUCCUCCCGCCCCGGUUCCAGCACCUCCGAUAACCGCCCCAAAGGCACGCCCAUCCAACACAGAACCUUUAAAGGCACUGAAGAUUGAAAUAGCGCCUACUUUUAAAGUCCCGCCGGUCGAGACUGUGGAAAAUGAGAUCUCGUCCUCAGAGAAAAACGGUGUGAUCAGCGUAGGCACAAGCUGCAAGAACAGCGGUUGCAAAGCCGUGAGUGUUUAUUUCUUUUCUGUCUUAUCAACGUGGAUUUUCCCACCGACUCCUAUUGUCGUAAUUAGACGAUAA